AUGGCUACUUCUAGUCGUUCUUUAUGCAUGGCUCUUCUUGUACUAAGCAUUGUUAUGGCAUGUAUGAAGCGGGGACAUGGGGAGGAUGGAGAUGAUUAUUGCUACUAUGGUGGCUGGCGUGGAUGCAAAAAUCGUGUUGGAGGAGGAGGAGGAGGCGGUGGAGGUGGUGGAGGAAGUGGUAAUGGAGGUUCUGGGCAUGGAGAGGGUCAUGGUGCGGGGGCAGGUGUAGGUGUGGGAGGUGGUGGUGGUGGCGGAGGUCAUGGAGGUGGUGGUGGUAAUGGAGCUGGUGGUUCAGGUCAUGGCGAAGGAUUUGGAGCUGGAGUUGGUGCUGAAGGUGGUGGAGGUGGUGGAGGGUCCGGUGGUGGAGGUGGCAGUAGUGUUGAUGGAGGUUAUGGUCACGGUAGUGGUUUUGGAGCCGGCGGAGGUGGAGGAGGAGGAGGAGGAGUUAAAAAUACUAGUGAUGAUAAUGGUGGUGGUGAAGGUUAUGGUGAAGGAUAUGGGCAUGGAGAAGGCAGUGGCUAUGGUGGAAAUAAUAAUGGUGGCAUUGGAAUGGGAUUUGGAAUGGGUAUGGGAUUUGGUUUUGGCAUUGGAACAGCUGGUACUAGUGGAAAUUCUAGUCCUGUUGAUGAAGCUAGCAAGAAUGUUGACAAACAACCCUAA